AUGCGGCAAAUUCGUCGGGUUGGUGCCAAGAUUUGGUACGUCGAGUGGGGGCGCCAUAUCCAAGCCAUGGCGAGAGCGAUGUAUACAGGCGGGCCAAGCUGGGAGUCCUACGAGAGGUACAAGAGGCGCCAGCAUGCUCUACUCGGAAUAGAGGAAGGCGAGGUUGAGAGCGGCAUGCGCUCCACGCACUCCGCGGGGAUAGCCACCACCGUUUCCUCUCAAUGCGCGUACUCUGAGAAAGCCGACAACGUCUGCACCAGGAUCACUGAGAGCCCAGCCUUUCUGACGGUCUCGAUGUUUUUCACGUUGCUGAACGUGGUGUGGAUCGGGAUCAGCACGGUGCUUGGCGAGUUCAACCAGAGCCUGUGGGAUCGGCAAAUCGAAUCAAUUAUCCAGCUUAUGGUUUCGCGUUGUAUUGUGUUGUCGAGAUCACGCUUCAGAUCAUGA